AUGAUGCCCGGAUUUUUUCACCCGGACGCAGACAGUCUCUAUGUGGAACAGGUGGAUUUUGGACCGCAACUGGGCGAACGUACCGUCGUCAGUGGACUGGCUGGGCUUUAUCCGGUGGAAAAAUUGGAAGGUCUUUACGGCGUGUUCGUCACCAAUCUGAAACCGGUUCGUAUGCGCGGCAUUGAAUCUCAGGCGAUGCUUUUGUGUGGCACAUACCAGUUGUCUGAUUCCACAGAAGAUCCGAAAACCAAUCGAUUGGUUCGUCCCAUACACAUUCUUCCUGAACAAAUGACCACAUUCGGUCUGGGUUCGCGGUUGGUGUUUCACAACCCGACUGCAUCGACUGCCGAGCAGACACGUGAUCCGGACACCGUGAUCGGGCCCAAAACGAAAUUGUGGGAUCGAAUCAGUCCGGAUUUGCUUCUGGGCGCCCCGGAUCGAUGCGUUGUGUGGCGUGACUGGCGCCUGGGUACUGUUUCGUCCGCUCCCGAUUGGGUUCUCGGCCCGGAAGAAUUACCGAUUGGAUCGAUUGUGCGCUGA